AUGACCACCUCAUUCUUUCCAGUCGGAUACCAUGCAGACUGUGUGCCAUACUUGGCUCAAUACAUGCCCAAACUCACCGCCGACUAUAAUGCCGUGACCUACAGCGCCUCACUGGGCUUGACGAUCCCCAACGCUACGUUUGAGCAAUUGCAACUCCAAGUCUGCAAUACGACAUGCGACAAAGGAAGACUCACUGACAGGGCAUGGCCACUCACGCUCUUCUCUCCCGGUCUGGGUGCUUCACGCCAACUCUACAGCGCUUUGGCCGAGCAGCUCGUCGCCACGGGUUAUAUCGUCGUCACCGUCGACACGCCCUUGCAGGCAGACAUCAUCGAGUACACCGAUGGCUCGUUUCUGCUCGCGCCGGGUAUAGGCACUGAUGCCCAACUCGAAGCCGCACUCCCAGAUCGAGUCAAAGACAUCAUCUUCGUCAAGAACAAAAUGCUGACUGGUGUGGGUCUGCCAUCCUCUGUCAAGCCAGAUCCCCAUCGCAUCGCUGCCUGGGGCCACUCUUUUGGAGGCGCUGCAGCAGCUCAAGUGCCACUUGAAGAUCCGUCUUUCCGAGCCGGCAUCAAUUUCGAUGGCAAGCUCUAUGGCUCUGUGGCCACCUCUGGUCUUGGACAGCCUUUUCUCUUCUUCUCACACUCCAUCCAACCAGACUCGGGCGUAAUAAGUUCUUGGCAAUCCUUCUUGCAAGCCUCACCUACGUUCAACAAGUUUGAAUUGCGCUUGAAUGGUUCUGUGCAUUUGACGUUUUCGGAUGCUCCGCUUCUGGCUGAUCUUUCCGGUAUCGUCGAGUUGCCUGGAGCUGGGACUUUGAUUGGGCUGUUGGAUGGUAGGAGGGUGCUUGUUAUUCUCGCUGCGUAUGCGGACGCGUUUUUCGGGUAUGCAUUCAGAGGGGCGGUAAAGGUGCCAGAGCUGCUUAGAGGCCCCAAUUCUGGAUUUCCGGAAGUGGAGUUUGUGGGUUGA